CACUCACUCUGACGAACUCUGCCGAGCUCCCGGACAGCUGAGAGGAGAACACUCCCAAAGAUCUUCCAGAGAUGGCAAAGGUUUUCAAGAAGACCAGUGGAAACGGAGGGCUGACCCUCUACCUGGGGAAGAGAGACUACGUGGACCACGUGUCCGAAGUGGAGAAAGUUGAUGGUGUUGUAAAGCUGGACCCAACAGAUUUUGGAGACAGAAAAGUGUUUGUGCAGCUGGCGUGUGCCUUCCGCUAUGGUAGCGACGACCUGGAUGUGAUGGGCCUGUGCUUCAGGAAGGACAUCUGGAUCCAGCACGUCCAGAUCUACCCUGAGAGCCACAAGCCCGCCCUGAGCGCCAUGCAUGACACCCUGCUGAAGAAGGCUGGAGACAACGCGCAUGCUUUCACUUUUGAAAUUCCCAACAACCUGCCAUGCUCAGUCUCCCUGCAGCCUGGACCAGAUGACAAGGGGAAGGCUUGUGGCGUCGACUUUGAGGUCAAAACCUACCUCGCCAAGGAAAAGUGCAGCCCCGACGAGAAGAUUGAAAAGAAGGACACUGCUCGCCUUAUCAUUCGUAAAAUCCAGUACGCCCCCUCUCAGGUGGGCGCCGGGCCCAAAGCUGACCUCUGCAAAAGCUUCAUGAUGUCCGACAAGCCUGUUCAUCUAGAAGCUUCAAUGGACAAAGAUCUCUACUUCCACGGCGAAGCGAUCCCAAUCAAAAUCAAAAUCAACAAUGAGAGCAACAAAACAGUCAAGAAAUUGAAAAUCACUGUGGACCAAACCACAGACAUUGUCCUCUACUCGGCAGACAAAUACACCAAGACUGUUCUCAACCAAGAGUUUGGAGAGACGGUGGAAGCCAGCGGCAUCUUCGAAAAAACUCUGAGCAUCACGCCCCUGCUGGCUGAAAACAAGGAGAAAAGGGGCCUGGCGCUGGACGGACGCCUGAAGGAUGAGGACACCAACCUGGCCUCCACCACUAUGCUGCGGCCGGGCAUAGAGAAAGACGUGUUGGGAAUCUUGGUUUCCUACAAGAUUAAAAUUAACCUCAUGGUGGCUGGAGGAGGCCUGCUGGGCGGCCUCACUGCCAGUGAUGUCACAGUGGAGCUGCCAUUGAUGCUCAUGCACCCAAAACCAGAAGAGUAAAGACCGCACAUCAGCUGUCUUGAAAUAAAACUCCCCCAUAGUCAAGAGAGGAUGUUACCCUGGAAGUUGAGAAGAAACCCAGAGAAAGAGAGGAAGACAACAAGGGGAAGUGACACAAAGCAAAGAACAAGACGGAGAAGGAUGGAACCGGUGGUCGUGAAACCAAGUAACAAGGAUAAAGAUGUAACAUCAGUCCCCUCACAGAUUUUGUUGUUCUUGUUUUUGUUGGUUGAUAAAUGUCAGUUAGCUGUAGUAGGAGUGUGUGGAUACCUAAAUAGUAGCCAGCAUUUAGAGGCCAAAGACUUGCAUAGAACCACACGCAUAAAUGUACGAAUAUAAACAUCUUUUCACCUCACUUCAGAGCACAAGCAGGGGGAGAUAGGAAAUCACUGUUCAGCUCAUAAAAAACACUGUGCUUUGGAUUACAGUGAUGAGCUCAUCUAUUAUUUUGAACGUUUUUUUCUUUCUGUGAAAUGUAUCAGAUUGUGUUUUUGACGUCUUGUCUGAUAACCCAAAUUACAAUAAAAUCAUUGUAAAAACAGAA